AUGCCCUCAACCAGUCUUUGCCAAGACGAGGCAUGCCCUCCAUACAGCCUCAUGGAUGAUUAUAGCGAGGGAGCUCAUCCACAAAUUCUGGAGGCUCUUCUUCGGACAAAUUCAACACAACAAGUCUCCUACGGAAAUGAUGAUUACUCCAACCAGGCCAGACAAUUGAUCCGCCAAAGGAUUAAUUGUACCGAAGACGAGGCAGAUAUUUUCUUCGUCCCUAGUGGAACAUCCGCCAAUCUUAUCUCAAUCGCCAGCUGUCUCCGCCCAUAUGAGGCCGUAAUUACUCUGGAUUCUGGCCACAUCGCGUCUAAAGAGGCUGGUGCGAUUGAAGCAACCGGACACAAACUCAUCCUUGUCCCCGCAGUCGAUGGAAAGAUGACGCCGACAAAUCUCCGAAAAGCUAUCCAGCAAAAUCAGUUCUUCCCACACAUGGCGAAGCCUCGAUUGCUUUAUAUCUCUAAUGCCUCGGAGACCGGGACUGUCUACAGCAAGCGCGAAAUGAGCACUCUUUCGGCGCUAUGCAAAGAAAUGAAUCUUUUGCUUUUGGUGGAUGGAGCCCGAAUCGGAACCGCUUUGUGCUCGAAGAAGAACGAUAUGGUUCUCCGAGAUAUUUUUGAAUUCGCCGAUAUCUUUUGGAUUGGUGGAACCAAGGCUGGUGCGCUUAUGGGCGAAGCCAUCAUCGUGAAGAAAGCUCUCGCCGAGGGAUUUGUCUUCCAUCUCAAACAGCAUGGUGCUUUGCUGGCAAAGGGCCGUAUCCUGGGUGUUCAAUUCAUGGAGCUGUUCCGGGAUGAUCUAUUUUUCACUCUGGCUACUCAUGCCAAUGCCAUGUCGGAGAAGAUCUCGGCCAACUUCGAGACUUUGGGGUAUGAAUUGGCUGCGGAGACGGAGACCAAUCAAGUGUUCGUCAUUCUUCCGCAACGGUUGAUCCGGACCUUGCAGGACAGAUUCCGAUUCUAUAGUUGGGAGCAUUUGGAUGAUGGACGAGUCGUGGUGAGGAUUGUCACUUCUUGGGCUACGGACGAGUCGCAGGUCGACAAGUUUAAUGCGUCGGUGCUACAGUGGACGGUGACGAACAAGGAUGUCGGCUUUGAUUAG